AUGGCGGCGGUGUAUAAUAUGCAAACAAAGGCAAUAACCAGUCGGUGUUUUGUGCAGGCCGAAAUGUACUCCGGUGGCGCAUUGGCUCUUCAGUGGAACCCGGAGGCCCCGCCCAUGGCCGCCAUCCAGCCCCUCAGCCCCCUGGAGCAACCCCCCGCGAGCGACGGCCCCCCCGAGACGGCCGACCUCUCCCUGACGGUCAUGGCCGAGAUCCAGGCCGUGGAGAGCAAGGUGGACUCCUACGCCGCACAGCUCAUGAGCUUGGAGGGCCGGAUGGGGAUGGCGGAGACCAAGCUGGACGGCUGCGAGAAGACGGCGGUGGAGUUCGGGAACCAGCUGGAGAGCAAGUGGGCCGCCCUGGGGACCCUCAUCCAGGAGUACGGGCAGCUCCAGCGGAGGCUGGAGAACAUGGAGAACCUCCUCAAGAACCGGAACUUCUGGAUCCUCAGGCUGCCCCCGGGCCCCCGGGGAGAAGUCCCCAAGGUCCCAGUGGUGUUUGACGAAGCCUCCUGCAGCUUCUCCGAGCAAGAGUGGCGGAGCCUGGACGACGAGCAGAGGGACCUCUACAAGCACAUCAUGAAGUGCAACUACAAGGCCGUGGUCUCGAUGGAUGCUGCCAUUUCCAAGCCUGACCUUCUGUCCCGGAUCGAGGAGGGGGAUGCUGCCACUCAGGGGGGGAGUGAGAACAGAGAGCCCCUUAAAGAAUCCAGCCUGGGCUGUCCAGUUUCUGCUCUCCACGAUAGCUCCUGGAUGGAACAGGAGGACAUGGCCCUGGUCAAGAGCAUGGGGGGCCUGGAGGAGAGAGAAAUCCCCGGAGACUCCCCUGUGGGUGAGUUAGACACGCCGCAGCUCCUGGAGGAAGAUCCCGAAAGCUUAGAGCUCCCCGGCAUGUUUCCGAGAAAAUGGACGGAGGUCUUCCAGGGCCCGGGCGAGGAACUGCUGUGCGAGGGCCAGCCGCUCUUGAUCACCCCACCCAGGAAGCCCCCGGGGAGCAGCCUGAGACGCUCGGCGCGCUGCGUGAUGGAGCCCCGGAAGGGAGACGCCUUCCUGCUGGCCGUGGAGGCUCACACCGGCCCCUACAUCUGCUGCGAGUGCGGGGAGGGCUUUGUGGACAAGCAGCUCUUCACUACCCACCAGAAAAGCCACGGCGGAGGGGGGACUUACCCCGCUAUGGAUCCGGGAGGGGGCCUGACGCCGAAGCCGGCCCCGGUCACUGCCCCGAGAGGAGCCCCGACUCCAGCCCGUCCCAAACCCCCCAAGCGCCCUGAGCCUCAGAGGAGCUCCAGCCUCAAGCCCGGGGCCGGGAAGCGCCCCGGGAACCACAUGGUGGAGCGGCCCUACACCUGCUCCCAGUGCAAGGAGAGCUUCAAGCUGGAGGUCAGCCUCCUCCUCCACCAGAAGCUGCACACCGGCAAAGGCGACGGGCCCCUGACCUGCACGUACUGCGGCAAGGAUUUCCGCGACCUCUCCAAAGCGGUCCGGCACCAGCGCAUCCACACGGGCGAGAGGCCCUACCAGUGCACCGAGUGCGGGAAGAGCUUCAUCCGGCGCGACCACCUCCUCAAGCACUGGCGGGUCCACACGGGCGAGACGCCCUACCAGUGCAGCACGUGCGGGAAGAACUUCCGCUACAAGGAGUCCCUGAACUGCCACCAGAAGAUCCACACCCGCAACCCGGCUGUGCACCACGUGGCCGUGGGCUCCCCGCCCGGCCUCGUGGCCUUGAAUCUGUUUUCUUGGUCUCCACUUGUGGAAGCAGCCAGCCUCUCGGAACCAAAGAGGUGCAGGCGCACAGACGGGCUGGGGGGCCACGGUGGGAUUGGGGCCCAUCAGCCCAGAUGUUGGGUUUGUGGGCCUGGAGAGAAACAGAACGGGCGGCUGGUUUCGGAGCGUUCAGAGAGGAGGGACGAGGGCAAGAUCCCACUGCAGCUUCUCCAAGCAGGAAUCGGGGCCCUCUGUCUGGGGAAGGCAGAAGGUUUGGAAUGGGAUGUGGCCUCGCUGCCGCUGGCUCCCCUGCACCCCUGCUUUCCCCCCAAGCACAGCCGCGAGGAGGAACCCCACCGGCAGGCCACUGAGAUCUCCCUGUGGACCGUGGUGGCGGCCAUGCAGGCCGUGGAGCGGAAGGUGGACACCCACGCCGGGCGGCUGCUGACCCUGGAGCGGCGGACGGGCUUGGCGGAGAAGAAGCUCUCGGAGACGGAGAAGGCCGUCGUGGACUUUGGCGGCCACCUGGAGGCCCUGGGGACCCUGCUGCAAGAGUGCGGGCAGCUCCGGCGGAGGCUGGAGAACAUGGAGAACCUGCUCAAGAACCGGAACUUCUGGGUCCUCCGGCUGCCCCCGGGCUCCGAAGGCGAAACCCCCAAGGUGCCAGUGACGUUUGACGAGGUCUCGGUCUACUUCCCCGAGCAGGAGUGGGGGGAUCUGGACGAGUCGCAGAAGGAGAUCUACAAGAACGUGAUGAAGGGCAACUACGAGUCGUUGGUCUCACUGGAUUAUGCCGUUGCCAAACCGGACCUGUUCCCCCAGAUUGAUCGUGGCGAGGACCCGGGGUGUGCCGGGGAAGGAGACAGUGACCCAGGGAUUAUCAGCCUGGAAAUCCCGGCAUCCAUGAAUGACGCCAUCUCCUUUGUGCAACAGGAUGUGGCUUCUUCGGCGGAGAGCGAAUGGAGCGGCAAGGGAAGGGAAGCGCCCACAGACGCCAGCCCUGAUGCCGAACUCCUUCCUCAGUCGGGGCCUGGGUGCUUGGGACUGUUGCCGGAAGGGUCGGAAGAGGCUGCGUUCCCGUUCCCUGAGCAGGGCCUGGUGUGUGUCGGCGGGCAGGCCUUGGGCCCAGCCAUCAGCCCGGAGGAGCCUUCGGAGUGCGAACGGACCUUUGGGGACUUCACCACAAUCAUCGUCCAGGAGGGCUCCCUGCCCGGGGAGGCACCGUACGUGUGCCCGGACUGUGGGAAAAGCUUCCUUUAUGAGGAGCAGUUUGCCCUCCACCAGAGGAGCCACCCCCGGGCCUCUCCUGGCCCCACAGCGAGCCCCCCGCUGAGCCUGCCCCUGGGGGCUGCGCUCUGCACCUGCCCCGAGUGCGGCCGCUGCUUUCCUCACCAGGCCAGCCUGAGCAAACACCGCCUGUGGCACUCGGGCGAGCGGCCGCACACCUGUGCAGAGUGCAAGAAGAGCUUCCGGCUGAAGAUCAACCUGCGCCUCCACCAGCGGACGCACGCGGCGGCCGGGGGGAAGGCCGGCUCCUACAUCUGCGGGGAGUGCGGCCGGGGCUUCAACCACCACUCCAAUUUCCUGCGGCACCAGAUGAUCCACACGGGGGAGAGGCCCUACGCCUGCGGCGAGUGCGGGAAGACCUUCAUCCGCAAGGAGCACCUGGCCACCCACGGCCGGCUGCACACCGGGGAGCGCCCCUACAAGUGCCCCCUCUGCCAGAAAAGCUUCACCCGCAAGCAGCACCUCGUGGGCCACCAACGCCUCCACGAGGGGGAGACCCCCUGGGUGGAUAGCAGCCUGCCUCUGAAACCCCCACACGGCCCUCAGGGCAGAGUGAGGCUGCGGAUGGAAGCCCUGGGGCCCCCCUUCCGGCAGGAGACGUUCCCCCCCUAAACCGUCCAUCUGGUGCACCCUGGCUGGGACACAGAACCAUUUGUGUAUGCUGUGAUGGCAGCCAUUUUGAACCAAACCACUGCGUGCCGGUGGGGGGCAGGACGCGAGGCCCUGUGGCUUGGGCCUGCGGAAGAGGCAUUACCCAAACACAAGAAGGACUGUGAGGGUUGCCGUUUGUAAAAAAGACACGGGUCGCUGCCCGCUUUCCGGAGUCAUCCGCAUGACACUGGCUCAUGGGAAGGGGAGGGGGUGACCGAGAAGGGAGCGGCCGUGUGUUCCUCUCGCACGCUCUUGGUGGUAAAGUUGUCGUCUU